GCAGAAUACGGCUUAUCUGAAGAACAAGUGGCGGAAUUCAAGGAAGCGUUUAUGCUUUUCGACAAAGACUUAGACGGAAGGAUCACAGCAACCGAAUUGGGAAUUGUCAUGAGAUCCUUAGGACAACGACCCACUGAUAUAGAACUCAAGAAUAUGGUGACAAUGGUUGACCAGGAUGGGAACGGAACCAUAGAAUUCAAUGAAUUCCUUAAUCUGAUGUCUAAGAAAAUGAAGGAAACGGAUAAAGAAGAAGAGUUGAGAGAAGCCUUCAGAGUAUUUGAUAGAAAUGGUGACGGAUUUAUCAGUGCUUCAGAACUAAGACAUGUUAUGACAAACUUAGGCGAAAAACUCACUGACGAAGAAGUAGAGGAUAUGAUUAGAGAAGCAGAUCUGGACGGCGAUGGGUUAGUCAACUACGACGGUCUGUAUCUAAAUACAAAUACAAACUAUUAAACUAUUGCUUUAAUUGA